GAGAGGACCCCUACACUGUUCUUCUAUUCCCCGAACUUAUUGUUUGCCGUACAUAACAAACUCUAAAUUUUAAUUAUUGUACUACACUCUAUUUACUGCAAUUGUACUGCCUACUCUCUUUCAAUUUUGAUCAUCACAACCAACCUCUCAAUAUUCACCACAAACUUCUCUAUCUACAUCCCAUCCACCGCCACGAGAGCACAGGACCGGAGAUGGAUGGCGGUGGCCACACGCAUAGCCCUCCAUCAAACGGCACGAUGAUGAUGCACCGCCGUCACAUGAUGAUGCACAUGACCUUCUUCUGGGGCAAAAACGCUGAGAUUCUAUUCGACGGGUGGCCCGGCUACGGCCAUCUGGGCAUGUACCUUUUAGCCCUUGCGCUGGUCUUUUUCCUUGCCUUCAUCGUUGAGUGGCUCUCCAACUGCACCAUCCUCCGAGGAUCAUCCUCCUCCAGCCAGCGGUCCGCCGCGGCGGUGGGCAUGCUGCAGACGCUCCUCUACGCCGUGAGGAUUGGGUUGGCUUACCUUGUAAUGCUUGCAAUCAUGUCGUUCAACGCCGGGGUGUUUCUAGUUGCCAUUGCCGGACAUAGUAUCGGCUUUUUCUUGUUUGGAAGUAGGGCUUUUAACAAACAGGCGAGUGCUCCGGGGAAGACUUCCGAUCUUCCACCCAUGAAUUGUUGUUGAGGAUACAUGAACAAAUUUUGUUUUCCGUUAGUUGUAAGAUUAAUUUAUGUUGUGCAAUAAAAUUGUGAUGGAAACCUAUUUUGUUCA